CGGUUUCUUAGCAACGGCGUUGUGUACACAUCAGGGUUGAGCGAUAGCGCAUGUUUAGGAUUAUUUUACACUGAUGCGAGUUUUUUGGUGACUGUUGUCUAAAGUACAACAUUAAAUGGAUGGAAGAAAAGAGCUUCACCUUUCGUUGGGGAAACAUGAAGGCAAAAUAAAUCCCCAGCCAUGGUACAAGGAUAGAUUGCACACAAAGUAUCUGAAAGAAAAGAAGAAUAAACAACAACUAUCUGGGGCACUAAAUGGCUCCCGGUGGCGCUUUUUAAAAAACGGAAUGGAUGAUUUCCGAGAUGGCUACCCGCCUCUUAGAGGGGAGGAUUCUUUUAUUCCAAAUCAGAAGGGCCCGCGCCCUGUUGUUCAUGGUGAGCCAGUCUCUUUGAAACCACAGCCAAGAAAGAGAUUCACCAAAGAACAGGUAUGUUACUCAAAGAAGAGCCCGUUGCAGCAGGCUCGCGGGGAGUACAUCGAGGAGAUUGAGUAUGGCCUUACCCAGCACCCCCUGGCUCUCUAUCCACACCUGGAAGAAGGGCUGCCUCCAGAGCUUUUUGAGGAGGUCGUGGAUAUCCUUGACCCCGAAAUGCACUUGAGUAGCGAGAUUGGAUCCUGCAGAGCAGACUCUGCAAAAGAGCAGGAAGAAAUCUCUACCGGUCAAGAGAAGACAAAAGACAGAGCUCUGUCUACAUCUAAAGGGGAGCUGAGCACAAGGCCUUCUGCUAGUGCCAUAAGUGAAGACUCGAAACAUAAAAACCCAUACAUGUGGCUUCAAGACAAGGAAGAUGCGGUGAAGGAGGAUAAGAAAAUGAAGAUAAAGCACCUUCCAUCUCCAUCCCUUGAUGAGGACAUAAAACAGAUCACUAAGGAGUUUUGCGAAUGGGUGGCUUCUUUGGGUGGAGAGAGUAAUAACCUGGAUGAGUCCACUCUCAUGAGCCUCUUCGGCAGUGGGUAUGAGAGCAAGCCUGCCCUCACAGUACCUAUCCAGGUUGUGGAGCUGACCAAUGUGCCUGCAGAGUUAAGAAUGGCUGUCGGAGAAUUUCGACCACCGACUGACACUAAAUCACAGUUUGAAAAGGAUGGUGAAAUACCAAUGAAAUCUUCUUACCAUCCAAGCUGGGUUAAGGUGAAGUAUGGAGCCUGGUAUCUUGACCCAAAGACAUGGAAGAAAAGAAAUGCAGAUGAACCACUCAAAGACCCUAAUGAUGUUCAUGAAGAAAAACUGGACAAAAUGCAUAAACUUAGUGAAAAGGAUGAAGAGUUAAUGCAGCUGCAUGGGACACACACCUUCAAAGAGUUUAUUCUAAACAAGGGGGUCAGAGAGCCUGAGUUCCUUAAGAAGAUCUUCUGGCAAGAUGAUGAAAAUGGAAAAGCUCAGAAGGACAGUAAAAGAGGAAGUAGAAAGGACCACGACAGAGCUAUAUCUGCAUCAACACAAGGAACAAUUGUCUAUUAAUGGACUUCUUUAUUAGUUGUAUUUGUAAUGUUGAUGUUGUUUUAUAAUUCCUUAGUUUUUAUUCAAACCUGCCUUUAAUCUCCAAUUCUGUUUGAAAGAAAUGACUUGCUUGUUUAUUGUAUUGUCUUAUUCCUAUAUGUUAAUGCAUAUGGAUAAUCAGCUGCUGUUUUACAGGUAUUCAUUGCCUUAAGUUAGGUUCAGUAAAAACAUUGCACGUACUUAAGGGGGGGUCAUUACAUUCAUAUAAAUAUUGUACGAUUUGUAUAAAAUCAUCAGUUUAUCUAGAAUGUAUUAUUCCAGUUUGGGAUUAUACUUACAGUGGUAGUUACAUGUGCUGCAUAGUGAACAAAUACAUAAUCCUGAUAAGUUGUGUUAUUUUUAUAUGAAAUAUUUGGAAGUCAAAUAAAUCCUUAUUCUGGAGCAUGCUGUUUUUGAGAUGUAAGAGCUGAGGUUUUGGAUCUGCAGUACUGCUGCUUAUUCAUAAUUGAAGACCUUUCUAGGCAAUGCAUAAUUAGUUCAUUUAUUACAGAGCAAUACAGUGGAAAUAACGUCUUAAUGAAUUGUGCCUGGCUAUCCAGGUGUUCCACAAUGAUUGCAUUGAUAACAAUAUUGUGCUAGUGAAUUGAAGCCUUAACGAAUUCAACAAAUCAUGCAGUGCUAGAGCAGGGCUUUAAUGAACUAUUAAUAUUAGUAAUAACG